AAUCUUUGGUUUUAUUCCUUGCAGAAAUGAGUCAUCCACUCUAUCCCRCGCUGAACGUGUCCAACGGUCCCGUCGUGAUGCAGAGCAACCGGACCUGCCCUGAUCCCGUGAUAACAUUUAAAUACAGCCUGUACGCCACCACRUACACCAUCAUCUUCAUCCCCGGGCUGCUGGCCAACAGCGCUGCCCUCUGGGUUCUGUGCCGCUUCAUCAGCAAGAAGAGCAAGGCCGUCAUCUUCAUGAUCAACCUGGCCAUGGCYGACCUGGCCCACGUGCUCUCCCUGCCGCUGCGGAUAUACUAUUACAUCAACCACACGUGGCCUUUCGGGAGGUUCCUCUGCCUGCUGUGCUUCUACCUGAAGUACCUCAACAUGUACGCCAGCAUCUGCUUCCUCACGUGCAUCAGCAUCCAGCGGUUCCUCUUCCUGUACCACCCGUUCAGGGCCAAGGGCUGGAAGCGCCGCUACGACGCGGCCAUCAGCGCGGCCGUUUGGCUCCUGGUGGGCGCCGCCUGCUCCCCCUUCCCCAUCAUGCGCAGCUACGGCCUGGCCAACAGCACCAGCACCUGCUUUGCCGACCUGGAAGUCCGGCAGAUCGACAGCAAGGUGGCCACRGUGCUGAUGACGGCGACGGCGGAGCUCUUCGGCUUCGUGGGCCCUCUUGUCAUCAUCUUGUUCUGCACUUGGAAGACAAAAAUCUCCCUUCGCGACUUCCAGAUCCCGUCCCAAAACAGCGUCGAGAGGCAGAAAGCCCUACGGAUGGUUUCCAUGUGUGCCGUUGUGUUCUUCGUGUGCUUUGCACCGUACCACAUCAACUUCUUUUUCUACAUGAUGGUGAAAGAAAAUGUUAUUACGGACUGUUUCUUACGUAGCAUCACUCUCUAUACCCAGCCCUUCUGCUUGUGUCUCGCAAGCCUGGACUGCUGUCUGGAUCCGAUCCUGUAUUUCUUUAUGAAUUCGGAGUUUCAGGAUCAGAUAUCCAGACACAGCAGCCUGGUCAUCAGGAGCCGGCUCAUGAGCAAAGAAAGCGCCUCCUCGAUUAAGGAAUGAAAAGAAGGCCUAAAAGAGUAGCCAAACAUCUCACCUGCCACCCAAAACUGUCUGCGAUGUUGUGCAUCUACCGACCUCUACAGAAGAUCCUGCAGGUUUGUUUUAUCAGGGGAUUUCGGGGCAGUGGAAAUCCUUUGAUUUGCACAAAAUGAGAAUGCAUUUAGGAGCAGUGUGUGUUUGUGGCUGAUGUGGGACCUGAGGUGGGACGUGGCYGGUGCCCAC